AUGGUGAAGCAAUCAACAUCGGUCAAUAGGCCAGAUGCAGCCGAUGUAUUGGAACUUCCUCCGGGAGUGCACAAAGUGGAAUGGGUCCCUGAUAUGCGCUUUCCACUUUGUGGCACUUUCACGUUGUAUCUGGAGGAUUAUACCGUAGGCUACCUACUAAGAAACGACCUUUUGCGGGAUAAGCGCGUUAAGUUUGUUGGUCUUCGGCAGCCACACCCGCUCACUCCGUCCAUUGAGCUCCGGAUUCAAGCCAUUGAUGCAAGCCCAUUGCAGGUAUUCAUUGAAGCGGUUCGUCGCCAGCGGACGUGCCUUUCCCUCUUGGGGGCCUUAUUCAAGGCCGCAGUAGAUGCACACACCAGUACAGUAGGAGCGGUGGAGAGCAGACCAGACGCUCUCGGAACUGCCGGCUCUGGUUUUGAUGAUGGGGCAGGGCAUACAGCGCCUGUCACUGGCCUUGAAGGCGAAUCCAGCCUCAAUUUUGUAUAG